AUUGUUAGACUGUGGCGCCCUCUAGUGACGAAGAGGAGCAGAUGAGGAGCGAGGUUUAUUGUUCUCCUGUCUGUUUGUCGGUUAACUUUAUUCGCCCCAAAGUCAUUUUUAUUCAAGAUGUUUUAACGAUGCUGCCAACUUAACGUUCAGGUCUACCGUAAAACAAACUGAAGCGAGCUAUGAGGAGGUAGUUUCAGACGGCCGCUCUUCAACGCUGAGACUUGUGGGGGGAUGAAAAGUCAAACUGCGCUCUGAGCAGACAGCAGCGGCGUCACGGAGGAGUGCAGGGGGGACGGAGCAGACUCCGGCCGGUCUGUGGACGCUGCACACAGGCAGACAGACAGUUCCCGGUACAGAGCUGCAGUGAGAACGAUACUUUACCUCUUAGCCACACCGAGGCUUUGGUGAAAAAGGUUUAGGCAGCUUCUGAGUCAGUGAAGGCAUCAUGGUUGUGUCGGUGCGGAGCUGGGUCGCCAACGAGGGAGGAAAGCACUUGGUCCUGAUGCUGUGGCUGGGAGUGAACACUUGGCUCUUCUUAAAGACAUUCCUUCUGUACUACACUGGACAGCAGUAUCACUACCUCUACAAGAUGCUCGGGCUAGGGCUGUGCAUCAGCAGGGCUUCUGCAUCUGUGCUGAACCUGAACUGCAGCUUGGUGCUGUUGCCCAUGUGUCGCUCCCUGCUCACCUUUGUCCGAGGAACACACACGGUAUCGAGCCGAGAGACUCGCAGACUGCUGGAUAAGAGCAAGACCUUUCAUGUGGCAUGUGGAGUAGCCAUCUGCAUCUUCUCUGUUGUACACGUGUCUGCACACCUGGUUAAUGUCGUCAACUUCAGUGUGAGCUACUCGGAUGACUUUCCUGCUCUCAAUUUGGCUCGCUUCAGAGGAGAGGACCCCAAACUGAUCAUUUUGACCACAAUCCCAGGAGUCACAGGCGUCCUGUUGGUUCUCAUCCUCUUCCUGAUGUUCACAUCCUCCUCCUACUGCGUACGGUUGUCCAACUAUGAGAUCUUCUGGUACACACACAACCUCUUCAUUGUCUUCUACAUCAUCCUCAUGGUGCACAUGGUCGGAGGAGCUCUGAAGUAUCAGACCAACUUAGAGGUCCACCCUCCUGGCUGCCUCAGAGCCAAUCAGAGCAGCACAGAGCAGCAGGGCAAGGAGCUGGAGCAGGGUGAGGAUGAAGAGAGGAGAUGCAGAGAGGAGGCUCACUUCCAGCCCCACUACCCCCAGACAUGGCUUUGGGUGUCCGGUCCUCUUUGUCUUUACUGUGCCGAGCGUUUCUACCGCUACAUCCGGAGCUGCGACCCUGUCACCAUAGUGACAGUCAUCAGGCACCCCUGUGAUGUCAUCGAGUUGCGCAUGCUGAAGAAGAACUUCAAAGCUCGUCCUGGACAGUAUAUUGUUCUUAACUGUCCAGGUGUCUCUUCCUUUGAGAACCAUCCGUUUACGCUCACAACGUGUCCUACAGAGAACAAGAAAACUUUUGGCAUCCAUCUCCGAGUCGUGGGAGACUGGACUGAGCGGUUCACACAGCUGUUAGUUCCUGAACCAAGGAUAGACUUGGAGAUCCUUCCCAUGGUGCAACAGAGGAGAUACCCCAAGCUUUACGUGGAUGGUCCCUUUGGAAGUCCAUCAGAGGAAGUGUUUAACUACAGCGUCAGUGUUUGUGUCGCAGGUGGAAUAGGAGUCACGCCUUUCGCCUGCGUGCUGCAUGCUCUGCUUGAUGGCUGGACGGGUUUCAGGUUGCAGAGGUUGUACUUUGUGUGGGUCUGCAGGGAGAUCCAGUCCUUCUACUGGUUUGCUGAGCUGCUGUGUGCUGUUCAUCACAAGCUUUGGCAGGAAAACAGACCGGACUACUUUAAUCUGAAACUGUACGUCAGUCAGGCAGACAUCCUGCAGGGCAUGUCUGAGGACAAGUACCGCCCACUCACCUCGAGGCUGCUGGUUGGUCGACCCAAGUGGAAGUUACUGUUCGAUGAGAUUGGGAAGACCAAUAAGCAUAAGCGAGUCGGGGUUUUCUGCUGUGGACCAAAGGGCAUCUCCAGGACCCUCCAUAGACUGUGUAACUCAGCCCGAUCCUCCGGAACAACCUUUGAAUUCAACAAGGAGUCCUUCAGCUGAUCAAACAUCCGAGCUGGUUCUUCACUUCAACCUCACUAAAAUAAACUUUGCCAUUUGACAUUUGAAACUGGCUAAAAGAACUUGAAUAUUCACAGACUAUAUUAUUGUUUCAUAUGCAUCCCUGCCCAUGGUCAUAAAAGGCCCAGGAGGACAAGACCUCAACAUGCAGCAUGAGGCCUGUUCCUCUCUACAGACCAGCCCUACCCCAACUGAUUGAAGCAACUGAAGCUUGAUCCAAUCAACCUCUGAGAAAAACUUAAGAAACCAGCCCACUGCUCGGAUUCUCCACUCAUGGUGUUCUGUGUUCCCUUUUAGUCAAUUCACUUGGUACAACACAUAUAGUAUGGGCUAUCAUGCCCUGCGUGACCUACCUGAACACACCUCUCUUCACGCCUUUAAAGGCAGAUGGCGUGUGGUGAUGAAUGUGAGGUCCCGCCUGCACAUAUAUACAUCCAUCAGCAUGGUCGUCCUUCAGUUCUUACACUCUUCACCUCGCGAAGAACACCGCUGCCGAGAUAGGCUUGUUGGCUACAGCCAGUUAGCUCUGUUUCGCCAGCUAACAGUUAGUUUAAUGGCCCCUGUUGCUGUUAGCCCACGGAGCGCUUAUUUUGAUUUCGCUUUGACAUGCUGUGUGUCUCGGGAUGAGCACCAGGCAUAAACAGGUGAAAAGGAAGUCGUCUGCGGCUUCUCUUUGCAUGACAAGGCCAAGGGCCUUAUUAGAUAGACCUCUGGCUUACAGCAGCAGAGGUCCUCUGUUUCCUCACAGUGUGAGGGCGCAUUCGACCAGGUGCAUGGCAACAUCAUGGGCUUUGUUUACUGUAAAGGGGUAUCUGUGAGUGAUAUCUGUGCUGCAGCCAGUUGGUCAUCACUGAACACUUGUUUGGUUUUACAGUUAGGAUGUGACAGCCCCUUUGGUGGCUCAUUCUGUCCUUUCUGCUGGGUCUAUUAUGCACAGAAUUGCUGAAGGUUUUACUCUGGUUCGAAGGCUGCACUGUGGGGCCUUGAAUAUAUGUCCCAUACUAUAUGUGUUGUACCGAGUGAAUUGACUGAAAGGGAACAAAACGUUAUGACUAUAACUUUUGUUCCCUGAAGGAGAGGAAUGAGGUACAACACACAGUAUGUGAGGCACCAGAGAUCAUCUGCCUUAAAAGGCUUAUAUAGAGGUGUCUUAAGCUAGGUCAUGUGGGGUGUGAUAUAUCAUACUACAUAUGUUGUACCUCAUUCCUCUAGUUCAGGGAACAGAAGUUAUAGUCAUAACAUUUUGAUUCUAAAGUUGUUGCUAGAUUUCAUCUUUUCCCUGACACACACGCCUCUGUGGAGUAAAUUUGUUUUCUCAUGCUGGCAUCUAAUGUGAGAGAGGGAAAUGUUGCUUUAGAGUCCCACCUCAGAGAACAAACAUUUCCUUUGUCUGAGCUGGUACCUUUUGUAAUACAAAGACAGUAAUGUUUGA